UGUCGUGACCCCCAAGUCACCCCCUGUGCGCGGGGGUCAGUGUAAAGUCCCGCUCGGUGGGCGGAGCUUGCAGACGGCAGGGCAUGCCAUUGGUGGCUUUGAAGGUGCCUCGGCGGGAACAGCUGCUGAGGAAACGGCUGGAGAUAUGGGCCGAGAGAUGGAUGAGACUCUCGCCGAGUUCAUCAGGCGGACCAUCUUAAAAAUCCCCAUGGCUGAAAUGAUGACAAUCUUAAAAACCUGGGGUUUUUUGUCUGAAAACCAGUUGCGGAGCCUAAACUUCAAGCAGAGAAAGGAAUCUUUGGUUCAGGACUUGCUUCUGCUGUGUGAGGAGAACCGUGCAAGCAUAAAUGAUGUGGCCCUUUUAGACAUCGUUUACAUACAAGUUCAUCGGCACCAGAAAAUGUGGGAUGUUUUUCAUAUGAGUAAAGGACCAGAUGAAGAUGUUGACAUUUUUGACGUGGAAGAAUUCAAAAGUUUGUUUAAAAAAAUUCUUCACAGAGCAUUAAAAAAUGUGACAGUGAGCUUCAGGGACGCCAAGGAGAAUGCAGUCUGGAUUCGAAUCGCCUGGGGAACUCAGCACAAAAAGCCCAACCAGUACCAGCCUACUUACGUAGUGUAUCAUUCCCAGACUCCGUUCGCCUUCGCUUCUUCCUCCAGGCUGAAGAGCGCUAAACCCCUUCUGGGUCAGGCACUGACAAUCGCCAGCAAAUACCAUCAGAUCGUGCAGAUGGACCUGAGAAGCCGGCACCUGGACUCUCUGAAGGCAAUCGUUUUUAAACAGUUCAACCAGGCCUUUGAAAAUCACAACUCUACAACACCUCUUCAAGAAAAAAGCCUUGGGCUAGAUAUAAACAUGGAUUCAAGGAUCAUUCAUGAAAACACCAUAGAAAAAGAGAGGGUACGAAGAGUAACUCAGGAAACAUUUGGUAUUUGCCCUCAGCCUCAACUAGAGUUUGCACAGUACAAGCUUGAAACGAAGUUCAAAGGUGACUUAUAUGGGGGCAUCUUGGCUGAGAGGGAAGAGCCCCUCCGGUGUCUGAUAAAGUUCUCCAGCCCACAUCUUUUGGAAGCACUGAAAUCCUUAGCUCCAGCUGGUAUUGCAGAUGCUCCACUUUCUCCAUUGCUCACUUGCAUACCCAACAAGGCAAUGAAUUAUUUUAAAAUUAGAGAUAAAUAAGGCAUAUAUGUGGUUUUAUAAGCCCAGUGGCUCCUCGAUUAUAUGACACAUGCAUUCCAGCUCAUGCCUAACUAGAGGGCUUCUGUCUGUAAACUUGCUUUUCAGGCACUGAUCCUUUGUAUUAAAUUCAGAAACAUCCAUAUAGUUUUUGGAACAGUUUCCUCCCCGCCCACCUUUCUGAUCAGUACAGCAGUUGUGGGUAUUAAGACUCAACAGGAUAUACCUGCGGCACCACACUGAGCCCAAGUGCUGGGAUGCUUUGAAGCCUCCGUCUGGAACGGUGGCUGAGCCUGGGGGUGUGGUAUCUCGUGGCCUUUUGCCCACUCCUCCCUCUCCAUGAUCCUGGGAGGUCUCGUUCCAUUUGCUGCUUUCUGAGGAUUUUCUGUUAAGCUUUGGAUCACAGAAAUAAGCACCAGGAAACUAUACACAACUCAGAGCUUCUAGGUAUCGGGCAUUUCAGAGGGUCGGGUCGAGUCCCCUGAGUUGGCACUGCAGGAGGUUGCAUAUCUGAUGAAUUCACUUACAUAAAACAACUGUGUUUCACUGUAAAUAUGACACUUUUCAUAGUCUAAUUUAUUGCACAUAUGACAUGCAAACUGACAUACUGAUUUGUGAAUAAUAAAGAUAACGUGUUAAAAA